AUGUCUUCCAGUAAUGACCUGUGUUCAAUUUCCAUGUCCCAAAGAAACUCUGAUGAUCUCCCUGAGACAACUUCCAGUGAUAAGAAAGGGCCUGUGUUGAGUUUUCACAAUGUCUCUUAUCAUGUAAAAGAGAAGAAAUGCUUUCCAUUUAAUCAAAAAACAACUGAGGAAAAGGAACUAUGGAAUAUCAAUGGGAUCAUGAAACCUGGUCUUAAUGCCUUCGUGGGACCCCAAGGUGGAGGCAAAUCACUGUUAUUAGAUAUCUUAGCUGCAAGGAAAGAACCAAGAGUAUUAUAUGAAAAUGUUUGGGUACAUGAAGUACCUCACCCUGACAAUUUCCAAUGUAAUUCAGGAUAUGUGGUACAGGAUGAUGUCGUGAUGAGCACCCUGACAGUGAGAGAAAACAUGUGGUUCUCAGCUUCUCUUCGACUUCCAACAACUAUGUCAAAGAAGAGAAAAAAUAAGCGAAUCAAAAAGGUCAUUGAAAAGUUAGGUCUCUGUGAAGUGGCAGAUUCCAAGGUAAUUUAUCAAUUUCUGUAUGUGAAAUCUAAAGGAGAAAGAAAAAUGAUUUGCAUAGGAAUGGAGCUGAUCCUUGAUCCUUCCAUCUUGUUCCUGGAUGAGCCCACAACUGGUUUAGACUGGAACACAGCAUAUAAGGUCAUUAAACUCCUGAAAAGCCUUUCAGAGCAGGGAUGAACAAUCAUCUUCUCUAUUUAUCAGCCUCAGUAUUCCAUCGUCCAGCUAUUUGACAGCCUCACCAUAUUGGCCUCAGGAAAACUAAUGUACCAUGGUCCUGCCAAGAUGGCUUUGGAGUACUUCAAAUCAGCAGGUUACAGCUGUGAGCACUACACCAAUCCUGCUGAAGUCUUCUUUGAUGUCAUUAAUGGUAUAAUAAAGCAAAAGUCAGAAGCCAACAACACUGAAAUGCCUUCAACGAAUGAAAAGUCAGUCAUAGAAGCAUUAGCUGAUUUUUAUGAAAAAUCCCCCAUCUGUGGAGAAACAAAAUCUGAACUAGAACGAAUCUCAAAUGAUCAGAACAAGAAGAGCUUAUUCAGGGAGGAGAUCACCUAUGUUACCUCUUUUGGUCAUCAGCUCAUAGGCAUCACCUGGCGUUCAUUCCAAAACUUGGUGGGUCGUCCCCAGCCCUGGAUAAAACAGAUAAUUUCCACAUUCAUUCUGGGAAUUAUUGUAGGCGCUACUUUCCUUUGGCUAAAAAUUGAUUGUACUGAAAUACAAAAUAGAGCAGCAGUGCUGUUCUUCCUGAUGGCUCACCAGUGUUUCAGCAGCGUGUCAGCCGUGAAACUCUUUGUGGUCCAGAAGCAGCUAUUUCUACAGGAGCACAUCUGUGGAUACUACAGGGUGUCGUCUUAUUUCCUUGGAAAUAUUUUAUCUGACUUACUAGCCAGGAGGUUCUUGCCAAGUUUUAUAUUUACUUUUAUAGUAUACUUCGUGGUGGGAUCAAAACCAGCAGUGGAGGCUUUCUUCAUCAUGAUCUUUACCCUCAUGAUGAUGGCUUUUUCAUCCAUUUCCAUGUCACUGGCCAUAGGAAUAAGUCAUAGUGAUGCUGUCUACCUGCCUUUCAUGCUGGUGUUAGAGAACUGCCAGCCGUGUAAGCAGCAGAGCUUGUUUGGUUGGAUUCAUUAUUCCCCAAGGUGA